AUGACUGUGACAAGCUGCUCCUUGCUCGCACUGCCCGCAGAGCUUCGAUUGAGAAUAUACGAAUACGUUCUGGCGCCUACCCAAACCCUUCACCUCACCUCUUCGGCCACUCAUCGGCGUGCGGUCAGUCCCCGGGUGUCUCCCCAGCUCCUGGCAACCUGUCAACAGAUCCAUGGAGAAGCCCACGAGGUCCUCUAUGGCGACAACAGCGUCUGCAUCGUCGUUGAUGGUCAAGCUAUGGGCGCACCGGCCGUUGCAGAGUCGCGUCUGCCACAGAGCGUGCUCGACAGACUCCAACAUGUCUGCCUCGUCGUUGACUGUACAGCACUCUUUCGCGCCCAUUUCGUGGAAGUGGACUUUGAUACCUUGGGAGCACUCAUAGGACUGGAGAGAGCGCGGAUUGCUAUGGUCAUACGAACAGGAACGGAGGAUGACACGCCAAGCGCAGACAUGCGAGACGCGUUGGGAAGUCUGAUAGCAUUGAUUCUGCAGAGAGUUCCAGCUACUGCCAGUGUCGAGUACGGUGUAGAGGCGGGCUCUGCAGAAGCAGACGUUGCCGAGCGUGUUAGAGUCAUGCGGCAGCAAAGUUUCAGGAAGGAGCAGCGGAUCGUUAUCAUCAACGUUGACGGAAGCGAGCUGAAGGAGAAGGCUGUCAAGGCUGUUGCACAGGAGGAGAUUGAGCAAGGAAGCAAGUCGGGUCUGGUUGCUGAUGUUUACGCCGAGUACCGCAGGAGGAGAUAA